GGAGGAGAGGAUGGCGAAGGAGUCAUCUUAUCCUCCUGCGCCCAUUCCUUACCAAGCCGGAGGAGGAGCUGCCCCAGUCUUCGUUGCCUAUCGGUCCUUCCGGUGCCAGCGGCAGGUACCGCUCCUCUUGAAGGAAAACCAUAAGCCGAAUCUGGGCGCACGGAUCGCGGAGUCGACCGGGCAAACCGCGGCGGAGUGCACCGCCGUCGUCUGUUGCUGCCCGUGCGGCCUAGCGAACCUCGUCUAUCUGGCGGCCGUGAAGCUGCCGGCGGGGAUCGUGCGGCGGGCGCUAUGCGGAGCCGGCGGAAUGACUCGCCGUGGCGUCGGGUUUGUGAGGAAGAGGCCCGGACUUCUGAUGAAUAACAGAGUCCUUCCAUUUGAUGGCGAUGGCGACGACGACGGCAUCAACUUCCACGCUACCAGGUCGUUGGUGAGGUUGAGGGAUGAUGCGGCGUGCCCUACGAAGAUGGCCUCGCCGGAGCUGGCGGCGUUGGAGAAGGAGCUGUCGUCGAGGUUCUAUGGAACCGGAUUUUGGAGAAGCCCUUCGCGGAAGGAGUAAUGGCUGGGAUUCGCCUGCGAAGGAAGAGGGGAAAUGGCGACGAUGUGAGAGAU